AUGGCUGACGAGACGCGUACAACAUCAUAUAGUCCCGAGAUAAGUAAGCUCAUCUCAGAGGGAUCUAAAGCUUACGCAGUAAAGAACUAUGACCUAGCAGGUGAGAAAUAUGCUGAGGCUUGUGAGAAAUAUUCGGAGACACACGAUGGUCAAGAGGAUGGAGACUUGCUUUUGUUGUAUGGAAAGGCAUUGUUUCAGAGUGGAGUAAGUAAGUCUGGGAUAUUGGGCGGCGUGAAAACAAAUGAUGCCAACGCUGUUGUUGAGGGUGGUAAGGGCAAGGGCGAAAAGGAAGGAGAAGAGGAUGCAGAGGCAGAAGAAGAAAAUCAGGACAAUUUUCAAUUCUACGAUGCGGAACCUGUUGAAGGAGAAGAUGGGAAGACAGACGAUGAAGAUAAAGUAGACACCCAAGAAGGAAAUGAUGGAAAUGAGGAGGAGGAAGAAGAAGAAGAACAAGAAGAACAAGAAGAACAAGAAGAAGAGGCAGAAGAGAGUGAUUUUGAGAUGGCAUGGAUGAUUUUGGAUGUGGCACGUGGUUUAUUCGAAGGUCAGCUUGAAAAGUUGCAGAAACCAGAAUUUCCUACACCAUACCUUGCACAAAACUCCAACUUAAAGGAUAAUCAAUAUGUCACGAUAUUGACCAAAUUGGCAGAGACGUUUGACUUAUUGGGAGAAGUCUCGCUUGAGUCUGAGAAUUUCCCGCAGGCAGCUCAAGAUUUGCAAAAAUCAUUAGACAUUAGAUUACAAUUGUAUCCGACUCUGUCAUCGCUAAUUUCUGAGUCGCACUAUAAGUUGGCAUUGGCAUUGGAGUUUUGCGUAAAUGACGAUGAUCUGCGCAAACAAGCUGCGCAACACAUUCAAAUGGCUAUCAAAUCUUUGGAAGAGAGGGAUGCAGUUGAAGAAGAUCAGGAAAAGAAGAAAAAUAACGCAGAGUUACUUGGAGAGCUUAAGGAUAAGUACAAAGAUUUGUUGCAUGAUCCACAAGAGGAGCAAUUGAAUAUGCUUAAAGGACUCUUAACUGGGUCGGGUGCUUUAGGAGCUUUGGGGGGUACAGCGGGAGUCGGUGCAGGUCCUAUUACUAGUGAGAACACGAAUGGUAAUAGUGGUAGUAGCAGUAGCAGAAGCAGUAGUGGCAACUCAAAUGUGAACAACUUAAAUUCGCUAGUGAGGAAAAGAAAACCUUCUAAGGACAAGGAAGGCGAUGUUAAGAAGCAAAAGAAAAUAUAA